AUGGCGGAACUGGACUCCAAUGCGUGGUACCGCCUCUCGGAAAUGCGCAUCGACAACAGCACCGGACCAUUCGCUCUUAACCUUCAGCUUCGAGAUGUCGGCCUCCGAGUUCAUCCCGUAACCGACGGCACUGCGGCCUGGCAGUUUCAACCUUUUGGCGAUGUCAAAGGCCGUUACCUGAUGCGCCUCGAUCAGGCGGGGGUCAAGCAGCAGCUGGGAGUGUGUUACGACGCGAAGGAGCCAGCGACCGGAGGCACCGUGGCAUGUCUGCAGGAGUCGUCAGUCGACGAGUCUCAGAUUUGGGAAAUUUUGAAAUGGGACGGGAAGCCGGAGGAAUACAAGUUUGUCAACGUGGCCAACGGGACCGCCUACGUGCUGGACGUACAUCCAAAGUCCAACUUAUUCAUGAACAACAACGUGGAGGGCUCGGCGAGCGCGACAGACGCGCAGCCUGCUCAGCACUGGGUCAUGUCGAGCGUCAGUGCAGUCAACGACGGAGCGUACUCGACAAUCUAUUCCGGCAACGUGGUAGUCAGCACCACGUCGGCGACACUCUCCUCAUCUGCGAUGGCCACGACAGCCACGUCAGGGGCUACAGCCGCAGCCGCAUCGCAAACGGGUGCGUUGACAGCAACCAACACAUCUACGCCGACCGCGAUACCAACAUCAAUGGGGAUAUCUCCAGGGGCCGGAGCAGGAAUCGGUGUCGGGGUCGCCAUCGGCGUCGUCGGCUUGAUCGGAGCCAUUGCAUUCUUCUGGUGGCGGCUCCAGCAGCCAAAGACGGCGCAAUAUAGCGAAGUCGAGCCCAAGAAUGGCGGAAGCCUUGAGAGAGGGUCGUCUUCGAUCGCGGGGUCUCCGGCCGUUGGAGGCUACGCAGGGCCGUACGGGACGUACCCGGAGACCGGUAACUACCCAUUGCAUACCGGAGGGUCCCCGGCCACGCUGAGUUACCCCAUGCCCGUCGAUAGGGGGUCUCCCGCUACCUUGAGCUACCCAAUCCCUGUCCAGACGUCGUCGCCGUCGGCCGAGCCCAAUCUAUCUUCCUGGCACCUAUCAUCAUCCAUUGGCGGACCGCAUACCAUAUCUACAAGCGCGCUUGCCGUGCCUGCUGCGGUGCCCCGUCACCAGUUCGAUCACCCCGCUAUCCAUAACGAGUUCGCGCCAGCUGCGUCAAAUCCUUCCUUUGAAUCAGUAUCACGCUUCGGCUUUGCAUCGACUGCAGCCUCUUCCCAGGCCAACUCCACGACGCAUCUAAACGAACCCGACCCGGUCCCCAGCGCGCAUGAGCUCGAGGUAGCCGUGCGAGAUGUGCCGCGACGACAGCAUGAACUCGGUGAAUUUCACCACGGACCAGACACCUAUGACCUCUCGCAGCCGACGGCGACGAUAACGGCACCCUCGGCAGAGCUGAGCGCGUUUCAGCAUGGCCCGGAUACUUUUACACAGAGCCACGAGGCCAAGAUGCUAGGGGUGCCCACCGCAGAGCUCGGCUCUCACCAGCAUGGUCCUGAUACGUUUGGCGACGGCCACGAAGACAAAAUGCUCGGCGGGUUCCCUCCAGGGGCCGAGAAAUAUCAGCCGGAGCGGGAGGACAAAGUGCUCGGUAACCUGCAUGACCUGAUGAGGCCGGUAGGAGGGCAGGGCGGUAGAGCUGGCCGCAGGCCCGAUGCCACAGAGGCCACUGGGUGGCAGUCCUACGAGAUGCAGUCAUUCCCGCCAAGAUGA